AUGGUCGGGUCCCGGGUUGCGCUCCUCACGCCGUUGGAGCUGCUGCUGCUGCUGCCACUGCUGCUCGGGACGCGGCCCCACGGCAGCCCUGGCCCACUGCAGUGCUACAGCGUCGGCCCCUCGGGAAUCCUGAACUGCUCCUGGGAAGUUCAGAGCGACCUGGAGACUCCACCUGUGCUGUGCCUCCAGAGUCAGAAGUACCAUUCCAACAGAACCCAGGAGGUGAAGGUGCCUUCCAGGCAGAGCUGGGUGACCAUCCCCCGGGAACAGUUCACCAUGGGUGACACACUCCUCAUUUGGGGAACACAAGAGGGCCAACCUCUCUGGUCCCCUGUCCUUGUGAACCUGGAAACCCAAAUGAAGCCAGACACCCCCCGGCUCCUCCCUAAUGUGGAGUUUUAUGAGGAUGAAUCCCUGGAGGCCACUGUGCCAUGGGACACACCCCUGUGGCCAUCUCAUAAGGUUCUCAUCUGUCAAUUCCAGUACAAAAGAUGCCAGGAGAAACAGUGGACCCAGCUGGAGCCACAACUGAGGACGAACUUGAUGACUCCUGUUGUGAUGCAGAACCUGGAACCUGGCACCAGCUACCAGGUGUCAGGCCGCUGCCGAGUGGAGAGCGGAUAUCCAUGGGGCGAGUGGAGCCGGGACCUGUCCUUCCAGACGCCCUUCCUAUCUCCGGAAGAUGUGUGGGUAUCCGGCACCGUUUGUGAGACAUCUGGCAAACGAGCAGCCCUGCUUCUCUGGAAGGACCCAGGACCCUGUGUGCAAGUGACUUACAGAGUCUGGUUUGGGGUUGGAGAUGUUGCUAUGACUCAAGAAGAGGUCCCUUGCUGCAAGUCCUCCAUCCCCACACUGAUGGAGUGGGCUGCAGUAUUCACUGCCAACACCACCAACAGGACACUUCUCACCAACCUGUCUUUGGUCUGCUUGGCUCCAGAAUCUGCCCCCCAAGAUGUGGUGGUCAGCAGCAUUGAUGGGGGCCCAGGGCUACUGGUGACCUGGCGACAAGGGACCAUGGAACCAUGGGAGUAUGUGGUGGACUGGGCUCAAGAUGGUGACAGCCUGGACAAGCUAAGCUGGUUCCGUCUUCCUAGUGAAAACCUCAGCACUUUGUUACCAGGAGAUUUCGAAGGAGGGGUCCCCUAUCGGCUUACAGUGACUGCAGUGUUCCCUGGGGGAUUAGCUGCCGCACCCUCAGUUUGGGGAUUCAUUGAAGAGUUAGUACCCCUUGCUGGGCCAGCAGUUUGGCGACUCCAAGAUGACCCCCCAGGGACACCUGUGAUAGCAUGGGAAGAGGUACCAAGACACAAGCUCCGAGGCUGGGCCACACACUAUACCUUGUGCAUACAGGGCAGAGCCAUCCCUACUGUCUGCAAGAACGUGAGCAGUAAUACCCAGACUGUCACUCUGCCUAGCCUUCACUGGGGUUCCUUCGAGCUGUGGGUGAUGGUGUCCACUGUUGCCGGACAGGGCCCACCAGGUCCCAGUCUUUGGCUUCACCUACCAGAUAAUGAGGUCAGGUGGAAGAUUCUGCCUUGGGUCCUGUCCCUGUGGAGCUUGUUCCUGAUGGGCUGUGGCCUGAGCCUGGCCACUAUCAGGUGCCUCCACCAGCGACACAAGUUGCUUCCCCAGUGGAUCUGGGAGAGGGUUCCUGACCCUGCCAACAGCAAUUCUGGGCAACCUUACAUAACGGAGGUGAGCCUGCCCCAGCCACCCAAGGACGGACCCAUCCUGGAAGUGGAGGAGAUGGAGCUGGAGGCUGUUGCUGAGCCCCCUCCAGCCUCUGCCCCCCUUCACUCUGGGUAUGAGAAACACUUCCUACCCACACCGGAGGAUCUGGGCCUUGGGCCUCCUGCCCCUAAGUUCUAGCCCAAUCUGCUUCAGGCUGGGGGCUGUGUCCCUUCUUGGAUUAGACUUUUUUUUUUUUUUUAGUUUUUUGAGACAGGAUCUCACUAUGUAGCCUUGGCUGGGCUGGAACUCACAGAGAUUCACCUGGUUCUGCCUCCAUGUACAGAAAUUAAAGAC